AUGCAUCGAUUCACCAACUUGCUGCUCUUUAUUGCCGCACUUUGUUUCAAAUUCAAGCUUGCUUCGGCUGAGUUUGCGAGCGUCAGUCUCACAGGAAGAUUGGCGGGAACUACUUUGGAGUACCGACUCAACCCAGAGGAUGAGCUUACCGGUGGACGAGACUCUAUCACUAUUCGUUUUACUGUCCCAGAAAGCUGUUGGCUUGCUGUUGGCGUCAGCCCUAAUGGAGGCAUGAUCAAUAGCGAAGCGGUGAUUGCCAAACCUGAGGAACGGUCCAUUCGCAAAUACAGAUUAAGCGACAGGUCUACCUCUGCCAUUACGGAGUUACCGCGAUCACGAAAUCUAUACAACGCAACCUUUGCGCAAUCGGGUGGCAUCACAAUAUUGACCUUUACCAAGCUUCUUGUGGAGGAUGGAGAGCUUACCAUCAAUGGCAACGGCAGUAAUAAUUUCAUUGCUGCCUUUGGGUCUAGCAAUACGUUCGGAUUCCAUGAAGGGUAUGGAUCUACAGUCAUCACUCUGUCACUCCCGACACCUACGGACGCCCCUACUCUAGCUCCUCAAGUUGCAGCUCCCAUAUUUAUUGGAAUGCCGGGGACUCCACAGCCUCCUCCAGUUGCAGCUCCCAUUUUUAUUGGAAUGCCGGGGGCUCCACAGCCUCCAAUUGUGCCGUCUCCCACAAUUGGACCUGCAAUUCCAGCCACAGAGGUACCUGCUCCCACAGAUGCUCCAGUUCCUGCACCUACAAAUGCUCCAGUUCCUGCACCUACAAAUGCUCCAGUACCUGCACCUACAAAUGCUCCUGUACCUGCACCUACAAAUGCUCCAGUACCUGCACCUACAAAUGCUCCAGUACCUGCUCCCACUAAUGCUCCCGUACCUGCUCCCACUAAUGCUCCAGUUCCACCACCUACGAAUGCUCCAGUUCCACCGCCUACGGAUGCUCCAAUUCCUGCACCUACAAAUGCUCCCGUACCUGCUCCCACUAAUGCUCCAGUUCCACCGCCUACGGAUGCUCCAAUUCCUGUACCUGCUCCCACUAAUGUUCCAGUUCUACCACCUACUACGGAUGCUCCCCUGUCUGUUCCAACAAACGCCCCUGUACCAGCCCCCACCGAUGCUCCUGUACCUGCCCCGACAGAUGCUCCAGCUGCACCACCUAUAAAUUCACCAGUACCAGCCCUCACGGAUGCUCCUGUACCUGCGCCCACAAAUUCACCAGUACCUUCCUCAACAGAUGCUCCGGUUGCAGCACCUAUAGAUUCGCCUGUUACAGCAGUACCCGUGCCCACGGAUGCUCCAGUGGCUGCACCUACGGAUGGUCAAGUGCCGACAGAUGAUUCAGCAGCUACAGCAGCAACUCCAGUCCCUGCUUUUUUGGGUGCGCUACUUGCGAGUGGUGUAGCAAUGAGGUUUUUAAUGGGCUGA